AUGGUCGCGUCGCCGAGCGCCGCGGCCUGGACGGCGCGGAGCGGCGGCGUCACGUCGCUCGACGACUGCGGCGGCGGCGUCGCCGUCGGGACGGCGACGCUCCAGGGCUGGCGCGACGCCCAGGAGGACGCCCACGUCGUCGACGCCCAAAGCGACGGCGCGCUGCUCCUGGGGCUCUUCGACGGCCACGGCGGCGCGGCGGCCGCGGCCAUGGCCGCGCGCGAGCUCGGCGGAUGCGCGGCCGGCGCGACGAACGGCGCGGCGCUCGCGGCCGCGCUGCUGCGCGUCGACGGCGCGCUCCGGCGCGCGCACGCGGCGCGCGGCGGCUUCGGCGAGGUGGGCUGCACGGCGCUGGCCGUCGCCGUCACGCCCGCAACCAUCGCCGCGGCCUGGCUCGGCGACACGGUGGGGCUCGCGUGCCGCGGCGGCGCCGUCGCAAGUUUAGGACGGCCGCACGCGCCGUGCGACGCGGGCGAGCGCGCGCGCAUCGAGGCUUUAGGCGGCGUGGUCCUGCGGAACCGCGUCAACGGCCGUCUAGGCGUCGCGCGGGCGCUGGGCGACUUCGACUUCAAGGCCGACGCCGCCGACGGCUGCUUGGUGUCGCCGGCGGCGGAUUUCGUAGAUAUACCGCGCGAGGCGGGACACGAGUUCCUCGUGCUCGCCUGCGACGGUCUGUGGGACGUCUUCGCGCCGGACCAGGCCGCGCGCUUCGUCGAGGCGGCCUGGGGCCGCGGCGCGCGGAGCCCCGACGACGUCGCGCGGCGCCUCGCGCACGGCGCGCUGCUCCGGGGCUCCAAGGACAACAUCUCCGUCGUUUUGGUCAUGCUCGACGGGCCGGGCCUCGCGGCGCGCCUCGAGCGGGACGCGGCGCGGCGGGACUUGCCGGUGGACGCGCCGACGUUCGACGACGCGGCGUUCGGCGAGGCGCCCGCGCCGGCGCCCGGGGCCGUGCCCGAGGCGUUCCCGGCGACGCCGGGCUCGCGGGGCGACCUGCGCCGGGCCCAGACGCCCCAGCGGCCCUGCCUGUCGCCCGCGGCGCCGCUCGCGUCCGCCGCGCUCUUCGCGGACGACGGCGCCGCGAUCGGGGGCGCGACGGUCGAGGCCCUCGGCGACGCGGGCGUCGCCGCGCUCCUCGGCCGCAUGGGCCUGGGCCACUACGAGGCGGCCCUCGCCGGCCCCCGCGCGCCGCGACCGCCGCGCCGCUUCGGGAGCCGCGCGCCUCGCCAAAGGGCCACUUCGGUCGCUGCCGGAAACGCCGCCAUGUCGGACAGCGACGAGUCCAUGCCGGGCCUGGUCGACGCGGCGUCGAGCAGCGACGAGUCCGACGCCGACGAGCCCGUCGCGCGCGCGGGCGGCGGCGGCGCGCGCGGCGGCGGCGCCGCGGCGGCGGCCGCGGCCGCGCCCGCGCCCGCGGCCGCCGCGGGCAUGUCGCGGGGCUUCCUCAACGGGAAGAAGGGCGGGGCCCGGGCCCCGGCGCCGGCGGCCGCGGCCGCGGACGGCGGCGACUCCGACGGGGACAGCAUGCCGGGCCUCGCGCAGUCGAGCUCGAGCGACGAUUCCGCCGCCGAGAGCGGCGGCGACGAGUCCGACGAGUCCGACGACGAGCCGCCGGCGCCGACGCCGGCGGCGGCGCCGUCGGGCGCGCUGGACCUCGCGGAGUGGAGCGUGCGCGACCUCAAGAAGGAGAUGGCGGCCAAGGGCCUGUCCGCGGACGGGAUGGUCGAGAAGGCCGAGUUCGUCGCCGCGAUCCGCCGGUUCCGCGAGGACCGCGACCUCGCGCUCGCGCACCAGGUCCAGGAGGCGGAGCUCGCCGGCGACGGCGGCGAGACCCACGACGUCGACGCGACCUGGGCGACGGACCGCCUGGGUUUGCUGGGCCUCGACGACAUCGUCCACGACGUCGUGCCCCAGAUGCUCGACGCGAACGCGGACGAGCACGACACGCGCGCGCUCGUCGAGGCCGUCGUGCCCGAGGGCGACGCCCGGGAGCAGUUCCUUAUGGAUUUGUUCGAGCGCCAGCGCAUGCGGCGCGAGCGGCGGGCCGCCGCCGGCCGCCUGGGCGGCGACGCCGAGGCGGCCGUCGAGGCGGCGGGCGGCGGCGACGUCGCCGCGCUCGUCGAGGUGCUCGAGAAGCCCGGCGUCGACAAGGCGGCCCUCGCGGCGUCCCUCGGCGGGCCCCUCCGCGACACGCCCCUCGUCGCGGCCUGCCGCCGCGACCACACGGAGUGCGCGUUCCACCUCCUGUCGGCGGGCGCGGACCCGGACGCGCGCGCGGACGACGGCGCGACGCCCCUGGGCCUCGCCGCCGUCGGCGGCUUCCACGCGACGGCCAAGACGCUCCUCUUCGACUUUAGCGUCGACGCGUCCGUCGUCGAGGGCCGCACGAUCGGCGAGAUCGCGAGCCUCUACGCGGCGUGCUGCCCGACGCGCGAGGCGCUGGCCAAGGGCGAGGACACGGUCGCGAGCAACGACACGCGGGACCCGCGGGACGUCUACGCGACGCUCUUCAAGGUCCACACGACGACGCUGACGCGGACCAUGCGCACGUGGAAGGCGGACCUCGAGGCCGUCGCCAAGGUCCGCGUGCAGCGCGUGGGCCUGAGCCUCUCCUACGAGACGGCGCUCGCGCGCGCGGGCGCCGACGGCGGCGGCGCGACCUGGACCGGCACGCCCCUCGAGCUCGCCGUGCGGGCCGACAAGCUCCGCCUGGUCGAGGUGCUCCUCGAGCACGGCGCGGCCGUCGCGGGCAAGCGCGUCGUCGACGUGCCGCUCUACGACGCCAUGGAGGCGCGGCGCUUCGGCAAGUACCUGCGGGGCCUCGCCGACGACGAGAAGGACAACCUCAUCGCGCGCCCCGGCGACGUCGAGCGCGGGUUCGAGGACCUCGACACGCUCUGCGGCAACAUCGGCGCGGCGACGGCGCCCGCCGAGGCCGCGCGGCUCCGCGCGCUCGCGGCGGGCCACGACGCCCGGGGCAGCGGCCGCGACGUGAGCGCCGAGUUCGAGCGGCGCCGGCGCCGCGCGCUCCUCUGGCGCUGCUCGCUCCUGCUCGCGCGCAGCGGCUGCGGCGACGUGCUCAGCUUCGUCGCCGCGGGCCAGAAGAAGGGCGGCCACAUCUUUGCCAACGGGGACAUGCCCGACGGCGUCAAGGGGCUCCGCGAAGCCCGAGAGGCGCUGGAGAAGUGCGCGUCGCUGGCCUACCAGGUCGCCAAGGAGUACGAAGACUUCCCGACGCCGCCGGCGACGACGGACGACGCCGAGGACGCGCUCAAGGCCCGCGCGGCCGCCGUGGGCAAGGAGAACCCGCUGGGCUUCGACGGCAAGGCGCUCGCCCACGCCUUCCAGCUCGUCGCGCUCCAGCGCCUUACGAACGUCGUCGCCUUGGAGGCGAGUUUACUCACGGCGACGAACCCGUCGCGCGAGGGCGUGGCUGACGUCAUCCCCGGCUACUUGGACGCGGGGGGCGCGUCCGCGUCCUGGCUCGACGCCUGGCUCAAGGCCGUCAAGGGCAACGAGGCCAAGUCCGCGGCGCGCGUCGCGACGGCGCUCGCGACGGCCGUGUCGAAGUGGCGGGAAUCGGCGCCCAGGUUACGCGAUUUGGUCGCGGCGGCCGACGAAGGCUCCGAGCAGACGCUGAGCAGCUGGAAGUCCGCGGCGAAGCUCAAGGACUUCCGGCCCGCCAAGCUCGCCGUGGCCGUGGCGUCCCAGAAGCCCAAGGCCGCGGCCGCGGCGCCCGCGGCGCCCGCGGCGGCGGCGGCCGCGGACGAGCCCAAGCCGGCCCUCACGGCGAAGCAGCGCGAGAAGGAGAAGAAGCGGGCGAAGAAGCAGAAGCAGCGCGAGGAGGCGGAGCGCCAGGCCCGCGAGGCCGAGGACGCGCGCGCGGCGGCGGCGGCGGCCGAGGCCGACCGGCCGCCGCCGACGCCCGAGGAGCAGCGCGCGGCCGCGGAGCGGCGCAAGAAGGAGCUCGCGGACCAGGCGAAGCGCGAGGAGGCGGCGGCCAAGGAGCGCGCGGCGCGCGCAGACCGCGAGCGGAAGCGCGAGGAGAAGGCCGCGCGCGACGCGCGGCGGAAGCUCCGGGACGACGCGCGCCGCGAGCUCUGGCGGCCCGCGCAGACGGCGCUCGCCGAGGUCAAGGCCCGGGACCUCGAGCUCAAGCUGAAAGCUUUACCCUGGGCGACGCUCGUCAAGCGCUACGGCAUCUCCGCCCACGUGCUCGUCGCGGACCGCGUCCUCGGCUGGUUCGCGGACCGCGACGGCGCCUGGCGCGACCGCGCGCUCGACGUGCUCGGCGCCGUCGCCCGGGGCCCGCUCGCGGACCCCUUGAAGGGCAAGGGCGCGCGCGCGGGCCUGCGGACCGCGCCCCUGGACGGGUCCAUGCUCCUGCUCUACUCGGCGUUCAAGGACGCGUCGGGCGCCGUCGGCGUGCUCGCCUGGUGCGCCGUGCGGAAGGCCAACCUCAACGACUUCGUCGAGAAGAUCCUCGAAUCCCUGGACCGCCGCGCGGGCGUCUCCGAGGACGAGGCGCCGUUCCUGACGCUCCGCGCGGACCACGUGCUGCUGUCGCCGGGCAAGAACACGCCCAUGAAGCUCUACGUCGCGGCCUGCGAGUCCCUCCCCGGCGGCCGCGCGCCCGGCGCCGUCAAGGCCGCCGUCGGCGAGAACCGGUGGCGGCCGGACCUGCGGCUCACGGAGAAGGAGGCCGGCGCCGUCGCCGACGACGGCGCGCCGUCCAUGGUCCUGGGCCGCAGCGGCACGGGCAAGACCGUGUGCAUGGCGCGGCGCAUCGCGCGCGACCGCGCGGACCACGCGGACCGCGAGCUGCUGUUCGUCGCGCGGUCCCAGGCGCUCUGCAACUUCGUCCGGGACGCGGCGUGCCGCGGCGACGCCGACGCGCGCGCCGCGGGCGAGCCGCGCGCGGCCGCCAAGUUCCUCACGGUCAACGACCUGUUGCCCCUCCUCGAGGAGAAGACGAAGAACAUGGCCGCGGGCUGCAAGAGCGACGUGCGCACGCCCUGGCGCCGCAUGCGCUACUACCGGCGCGUCGACGGCGUCGACUUCCGCCGCGACCGCGAUCUGCGGCUGACGGACGAGGACUACGCCAAGGCCAACGGCAACUACAGCUCCGAGAACGACACGGACUCGAGCGACGACGACUCGAGCGACGACGACGACGGCGCGGGCGGCGCGCGCGCGACGCAGUUCGGGGCCAUGAGCUUCAAGGUCCGCGGCUCGUGCUGGCCCGCGGCGGAUCUCGUGGAUUUCUCGCGGUUCCGCGACGAGUUCUGGGACAAGUGCGGCGCCGAGCGGUCGCGGAAGAACGAGUCGCUGUCGCCGACGUUCUGCUGGGUCCAGAUCCAGUCCUUCAUCAAGGGGUCCGUAACUCCUUUAAUCCGCGGCGAGCCGCUCGAGCGCGACGAGUACAUCGACGAGUCCGGCGCCAUCUCGAAGCGCCGCGCGACGGGCCUGAGCAAGCAGGACCGCGAGGACUGCUACGACGUCUUCGUGUCCUACGAGCGCGAGCUCCGCCACCGGCAGUGCCACCGGCGGCUCUGGGACGCGACGGACCGGGAAGUCGCUUUAAUCCAGCGCGUCCUCGAGGAGGGCUUCGUCGCCACGACGCCCCUCGAGGCCUCGAAGCGCGACGGCGGCGCCAUGGCCAUCCUCGACCACGUCUACUGCGACGAGGUCCAGGACAUGACGCAGGCGACGCUCGCCGUCUUACUCCUGGCCGUCGGCAACCGGCCCGAGCGCCUCUUCGUCUGCGGCGACACGGCCCAGGCCAUCCAGGACGGCGUCGCCUUCCGCUUCAGCGACCUCAAGGAGACGAUCUACGAGCUCCAGAAGGAGGUGAAGACGCGGUCGGGCCGCGGCGCCGCGGCGAUGGCCGCGGCGUCGGACCGGAGCGGCGCCGCGGCCGCGUCGAAGAAGCUCUUCAAGCUCACGAACAACUACCGCACGCACGCGGGCAUCCUCGGCGCCGCCAACGCCGUCCUCGACUUGCUGGAGCAGGCCUUCCCCAACAGCGUCGACGUCAUGGAGAAGGACGCGGGCGUCUCGACGGGCCCCCGGCCGACGUUCAGCCACGAGCGCCCGGUCCUCGACGACCUGCCCAACGCGACGCUCCUCAUGCGCGCGGAGCCCCUCCGCGACGCGCGGCGGCGCCUCGCCGCGGAGCGCGACGACCGCCGCGCGCUCGUCGAGGAGCGCGAGGGCGCGGUGGGCGCGUCCGACGACCGCGACGCGGUGCUCGACCGCGCGGACGCGGCGCUCAAGGCCGCGGCGGCGGACAUCGCCGACGAGGCCGAGGAGGCGGCGGCGGCCUGGCACGCCGAGGUCAAGGCCGCGCGCAAGGCCUACGACGCGGAAACCAAGCGCCGCGACGCGGACGCGAAGAAGCGGCGCGCGAAGCGCGACGCGUGGCUCGCGGACCGCGACAAGCAGGCCAAGAAGGCCAAGGCCGACCUGGCCAAGCUCGCGAAGAAGCGCGCGCGCUUCGAGGGCGCCGACGGCGACGCGGGCGCGCGGCGCCGCGCGUCGGACCGGCGGGCCGCGGAGCUCGAGGCCGCGCGCGCGUCCGCGGAGCAGGUCUACAACCAACGCGCGCGCGAGGCCCUCGACCUCUGGAACACGCCGUCACCCAUGGACGCGAACAAGCACCGCGUCGUCGCCACCGCGGUCGUCGGCGGCGACGCCGCGCGCGUCCAGGGCAUCGUCGCGGGCCUCGUCGCCGAGGAGGUCGAGGCCGACGUGUUGCUGGGGGACAUGGAGGAGGAGGACAUCGCGGAUUGCAUCGCGCCGGACCCCGCCGCGGCGCAGAUCCGCGCCCUCAUCGUCCGCCGCGGCGGCGCGCGGCUUUUAGCGGACCCGCGCGCGCUCAUCGGCGACUACGCGCGCGCGCUCACGCCGGCCGCCGAGGCGUCCGUCGCGCCCCUCGAGCACUUCGUCGCCGUCGAGCAACGGGCGAACGCGGACCGCUGCGCCGCGGAGGACUUCGACGCGCAGGAGGCCGCGCUCCGGAGCGCGUCGUCGGCGCCGCGCGAGCCGCCCGCGGACCUCGACGAGCCGGACCUCCCGGCGCUCGUCAAGCCCACGGAGGACCACUCGCCCGCGGGCCGGGCCGCCUACAAGGCCGAGUACGUCCGGGCCCGCGCGACGGCGCCGACGCUCGCGGAGUUCGGCGUCGACGCGGCCGAGGUCGCCGCGCGCGCGAAGCGCCGCAAGAAGGCGUCCAAGGCCGCGGAGCGCGCCGACGCCGGCGCCAUCGACGCGGAGAUCCGCCGGCGCCGCGCCGCCGCGGGCCUGACGCCGUCCGCGCUGCACUGCGCGGAGCUCCUCGACAACAAGCUCGUGUCGACGCGCGUCUUCAGCGUCCAGGAGUUCAAGGGCCUCGAGGAGGAGGCCGUGGUUCUGGUCGACUUCUUCGGCUCCGCGGACAAGGAGACGGCCAAAGCCUGGCGCGACCUCUUCAAGGCGCGCCGCGAGGGCCGCGGCGACUUCUCGGACCUGAGCCGGCGCCGCGCGCUCGAGCGCGACCUCAAGCUCCUCUACACGGCGCUGACGCGCCCCCGGAGCCGCCUCGUCAUCCUCGAGCUCACGAAGGAGGGCGCGGCGUCCGACGCGGCCAAGUUCUUCACGGCCAAGCCCGCCGACGGCGCCGCGCCGCUCGCCGAGAAGCACAAGCGGUCCACCAAGGAGAAGAAGAAGAGCGCCGACGGCGCGACGCUCAGCGCCGACGAGUGGCGCAGCCGCGGCGCCCUCAUCGCGCGCGUCGCCACGGAGCGCGCCGAGGGCGACGCGGGGGUCUCCGCGGGCGACCUUGACGCGCGGCUCGGCGAGGCGCGCGACUGCUUCCGGAACGCCGAGGACGCCGAGCUCGAGCACCGCUGCGACGCCGUCAUCGCCUGCGCCAAGGCCGUCAAGGACGUCCGCGCCAAGGUCGCCGACGCGCGCGGCCGCGACAAGGGCGACCGCGACGACGACGACGACGCCAAGCCCAGCGCCGCGGAGGAGGCCGCGGCGGCGGCCGUCGCCGAGGCCCUCGGCAGCCUCGCCCUCGACGAGGCCCUCGCCAUCUGCAAGGCCGCGGACACGGGCGAGGCGAACAAGGCGCUCGACGACCUCGCGGGCGACAUCAAGACGCUCAAUCCCUCCCCUCCCCCCCCCUCGGACCACGCGCGCCAGGAAGGGAUGAGCCUCUCCGGCGGGUCGCGCUCGCGGCGCCGGCCCGCCCAGUCCCCGGUGCCCCAGUCGAUGUCGUCGUCGUCCAUCGACGCGUCGCUCGCGCGGAACGGCCGGGAGAAGGAGUGCGUCCCGCGAACCGUGAACGCGAUGGCGGAUGCCAAGACCAAGGGCGCGGACCUGGGGGACCGCAUGUUCACGAUGAACCCGCCGGAGCUCGCGGAGGAGGUCGUCGUGUCGCUGCUCUACGACGACGGCCGCGAGAGCCGCUUCCCCGGCGGGUCCCUGGGCUGCGACCUGAGCAGCUGCCGCUACUGCACGACGCUCCAGCUCGAGGUGCUCGCGGCCUGCGCGACGCUGCGGCGCAUGUGCGCCGAGGGCCCCGCGUGGCGCGUCGCGGUCCUCGAGGCGCUCCGGGCGGCGCCGCGCGCGCUCGACACGGUGCUCGCGCUCCUGAGCUCGUGCCCCUUCGUCGGCCCCCAGGCCGAGGACGACGCGGGCGAGCCGGACCCGGCCCACCCGGCGCGGCGCUGGGAGCGGCUCGCGAAACCCGUCGUCUGCGCGUCGCGCCACCUGCGGCGCGGCGAGGCGCCGGACGGCUACGCGGCGACGCCGGAGCAGUCGACGGCGGACUUCGCGCGGUGCAUGCUCUUCGGGCCCGUGGGCCUCCUCAACGAGCUCGCGUCGGCGAACCACGCCGUCCUCGGCGACGUGCUCGCGAGCGCGUGGUGGCCCCGGGCCUGCGCGUCGCUCGUGCGCAUGACGUGCUUCGGGUUGGACGACUUCAUGGAGGACGACUACGGCGACGACGACGACGACCACCCGCUGGGCGACGUCGUCGGCCUCACGCUGAGCCUGCUGCUCAUGGUCGCGCCGCGCGCGCCGGUCCGCGGCGCGGCGCCCUUCGAGAGCCUGCGGGCGGCGCUGGAGCGCGACGACGUCGCGACGGACGACUUCCACGCGUGCCUCCUCGACUGGCGCGACGCCGAGGACGCGGGCGCGAGCCUCGCCGGCGCCGCGGAGGCCGCGGGCGCCGCGGAGCCGCCGCCGCCCGACGGCUACAUCACGGCGGCGGCGGACCUGCUGAACCUGCGGACGACGGGCGACCUCCCGGAGCCCCAGCGGCUCUGCCUCGCGUGCUGCCGGCCCGCGAAGCUCGGGGCAGGAAAAGAGAGCGAAAUUCCCAGCUUCAAAGGCUCCGAUCUCGGCCGUUUUCCACUCGCGAAGCUCGCGUGCUCCAAGUGCGGCGCCGUCUUCUUCUGCGACAACGGGAACGAGUGCCAGAAGCUCCUGCUCGGCUACGCCGGCGCGUACGACCUGAUCACGGCGUCGCGCACGGCGCUGGAGGCGCCCGUCGGCUGGGCGACCGCCGAGACGCUGACGUACACGCACCCCGCGCCGACGAGCGUGUGCGGCAUGAUGCUGGAGAGCCUCGGCGCGAGCACGCCCGUGGCGCGCGGCCGCUCCGCGACGACGGCGUGGCGGUUCGCGUGCGGCGACGCGGCGGCGCGGAACGAGGCGCUCGUCGCGGCGGCGCUGCUCGCGGAGGCGGGGGGCGACGGCGGCCUCGCGGCGUCGAACCGGGGCGGCUACCACUCGGACCGCGACGCGCUCGGGGCGGAGGCGCCGUGCCUCGGGGAGCUGCGCGCGCUCGUCGCGGCGGCGAUCUCGGCGCUCCCCGGGAAGGCGCGGGGGCGGCGGGAGAUCGUCCACAGCUGGUUCAACAUCAACCGCGGCGACAACCACAACGCGCUCCACGACCAUCGGCCGGCGCUCUUCUCGGGAGUCUACUACGCGGCCGCGCCCCGCGCCGGGGGCGGCGAGCUCGCCUUCCAGCUCGACGCGUCGCUCGGCUGCUCCGCCGCGGCGCCCGGCGCGGGGACCUGCAGCUACGGCGUCGUCGAGCCCGCCGACGGCGUGCUCGUCGUCUUCCCCGGCGGCCUCAAGCACGCGGUCUUCCCGAUGCGGACGCGCGGCACCGUCGCCAUGUUCUUCGAGGGCCGGGACGAGGCGGCGCAGCGCCAGGCGCGGCAGGCGCCGCACGCGCCGGCGUCGACGCUCUCCAUGGUCGGCGUCGCGGUCGCGCUGGCGCUCGCCGUCGUCGCCGGGCCCGCCGCGACGCUCUACGUCGCCGCGUCUCGGGGCCUGUUCGCCGGCGCGCCGCCGCUGCCCGAGCCCUGGGCGAAGCUCGCGGCGCGGCUCCGGCGGCUCCGCGCGCCGCGGCCCGGGCCGGCGCCGACGAAGCGGCGGCCGACCAAACUGCUCCAGGGGUCGUGGUGCGAGCACCUCUGGUCCAUCCCGGCGCCGGGGACGCCGCGCCACGAGUGGGGCCGGCCCUGCGACACGGGCGAAGACGAGUUCGCGCGGCUCCGCGUGGAACAGGACGAGUGGCGCGUGCGCAUCCGCGAGUGCCGGUCCGGCGACGACGUCGUCGCCGACGCCCAGGAGAACGUCUUCCGGAUCCGCGACGAGGCGAACCUCACGGCCGACGGCUACGGCCUCUUCGUUUUGGAGUUCCUCUCGACGACGUCGCGGCUGCCCGCGGUGCGCCGCCGCGUCGGCGCGUGCAGCCUGCACUGCGUCGUGCCCCUGCGCGGCGGCGAGCACUGGAAGCGCCUGCCGCGCCGCGUCCAUGUGGGAGUGGCGCUCGACGCGGUACCCUGCGGCGCGCCCCUCGCGCCCGAGGCCGCGGCGCGCUGCGCGACGGCCAACGAGACGGGCGAGAUCCUCGAGCUCGUCGGGCCCUGCGCCUGGCCCGGCGACGACGACGACCGGGGAUUUUAA